AUGUCGCUCAUUGCUAAUAUCUCAAGCUCCAUGCAGCUUUCGUCGUACCAGAUAGGGCUGGAGAUUGACGACAAUAGCCCUCUCAUUCGUUACAACCCUCCAGACGCCUGGCAACAAGUUAAUAACGCAUCAGAUCCGCUCACGUCGAGGUAUUACGGAGAAACCUUCACGAGAGCUUUGAGCUUCGGGGCCGAAGCUGUCUUCUCGUUUAAUGGCACUGGUGUGUCAAUAUUCGGUGGACGAAAAUCAGGAUAUGGGGCCUUCGGGGUCCUUCUAGAUGGUGUACCAUAUGAAGGGAGCGCGUCAACCCAAGGCAAUGACGAAGCAGCCGUGCUGCUCUUCAGUAAAAACGACCUGGAAAACACCAAUCACACCGUGAAAGUGAUUGCUAAUGGACCAAAGCCCUUCGACAUUGACAAAAUUGCGUGGAUAACUGAACUCAAUCCUCAACAUGGUCGAGCGCCGGUCGAGACUACAACUGUUGACGAUAGCGACCCUGCCUUUCAGUGGAUGCCUCCUUCGGCAUGGAACACACAGCCUGAGGGACUCCAGCAUUUCCGCCAGACUACCGGGCACUCGACAUCUCAAGUAGGAGCGUCUGUAUCCUAUACAUUCGCCGGUAUUACAUAUCCUCUAAGAGAAAUGAUCUCUGUAUACGGAACGGUGGGCCCUCGGAACGCACCGUACAUAGUUCAGCUAGACGAUAAGUCCCUGCUGUUUUACAACGCCACGAGAACCUUCUACACCCCCCAAACAUUGUUAUUCUUUGCCGACAACCUUGGAUCAGGCAACCACACCCUUACACUAUCCAGCGCGCAGGGGCUCUCCACCGGGAUGGUUCUGGAGAUCGAUUACGCUGAAGUUACUCAGUUUGUCACCAAAACAUCCAUCGUUCGAACCUCGGCUGUUCCGUCUCCAACACAGCCGAUAGCCGGCAUCUCAGAUCACAUGAACACCGUUAUCAUUAUAUCGACCAUAUUUGGCACAAUCGUGAUAUCGAUUCUUCUGUGGACCGUCUAUCGGCUCUGGAGGCGAAACAAAGAUGAAUACGACCGCGUCGAGGAAGAAAUCAAGAUCGAUAACCAAUUUGAUUGGGCGCAACCGUCUAACAAUACCUCUGCGGACGGAACCAGAAAUAAUGCUGGUAAGGGUAGACGGUCAUGGUUCCAGAGGCUUUCUCGUCUGCCGAGGUCCAAUGCCUCACGAGAAACAUUGUUGCCGCGCACUGGCGGGAGAGCUGGAGCGCAGUUAACAAGUGCGCAGCGCCAAAGUCUACGGCAAUUGAAGCUGGCUGGACUCUUCAGACCGGCCUUCAAGCGAACCAUCAUGAGCGGUGUUGCUAAGACUAUGGCUUCGUGCAUCUUUUGCAAAAUCAUCAAGGGGGAGAUUCCUAGCUUCAAGCUUCUGGAAACUGAAACCACAUUUGCUUUCCUCGACAUCGGGCCCUUGGCGAAAGGCCAUGCGCUCGUAAUUCCGAAGUAUCAUGCAGAGAAGCUACACGAGCUCCCCGACGAGUCCCUCGUGGACUUGCUUCCCAUCGCCAAGAAAAUUGCGAUAGCAGUGGGCUCCGAGAAUUACAACAUCCUCCAGAAUAAUGGAAAGUUAGCGCACCAGGAAGUUGGUCAUGUACACGUACAUGUGAUCCCAAAGCCAUCGAACGAAGAAGGGCUUGGUAUUAACUGGCCCGCCCAACAAAUGGCCAAGGAGGAGUUGCAGAGUCUGCUCGAAGAGUUAAAGGGGAAGCUGUGA